GUUGCAGCAGGUGGCAAGUUGUCAAGCUUCACUUUAACGUUAGUUAAAGGGAGUCUCUGACGAUAUGGAGUUAACAACGGAUUCAGAGAAACAACAUCUGAUUGAGACUCAUCUGGAGCCUCUUAGAUGGACGAGUUCUCCAGAGGACAGAUGUUCAGACUCUGCAUCAGAGUCUAGCGUGGACGGCCUCUGGCAGCCCGACUUGCUCUGCCAGGAAACAGACUCGAUGUCGCCGGCUGAAAGUGACGCGAGACGUUCAGCCAGAAGGAAGCUUUUUAUGGCCUGCGCCGUCAGCCUCGUCUUCAUGACCGGAGAGGUGAUCGGUGGAUACGCUGCUCACAGUCUGGCCAUCAUGACAGACGCAGCUCAUCUUCUGACUGACUUUGGCAGCAUCGUGAUCAGCAUCUUCUCUCUGUCCAUCUCCUCCAGGCCUCAGACACACACCAUGACCUUCGGGUGGCAUCGAGCAGAGAUUCUUGGCAUGUUGCUGUCUGUCGUGUCUAUCUGGGCCGUGACAGCGGUGCUGGUGAUAUCAGCCGUUCAGAGGAUCACUGAUGGAGACUACGACAUUGACAGUCAGAUCAUGCUCAUCACCUCAGGAUGUGCUGUGGGGGUCAACGUCCUGAUGGUCCUGAUCCUCCAUCAGUCUGGAGCCUCACACGGCCACAGUCACACGUUUACCACCAGCCAACUGCAGAGGGACAAACACCAUCACGGUCACGGCCACGGCAACGCCAGCGUGAAGGCGGCGUUUAUCCACGUGGUGGGAGAUCUGGUGCAGAGUGUUGGAGUCCUGCUGGCUGCCACCAUCAUCCAUUUCUGGCCCGAAUAUAAAGUAGCAGAUCCGAUUUGCACGUUCCUGUUCUCGGUUCUGGUUCUUGUAACAACACUUCCAGUCACAAAGGAUGUUUUCAGAAUCCUGAUGGAGGGAACUCCUCAGGACGUUAACGUCAGCGCUGUGAGAGACGUGCUGCUGUCAGUGAGAGGAGUUGUGGCUGUUCACAGACUGCACACGUGGAGCCUCAACAUGACUCACUCUUUACUUUCUGUCCACGUGGUCACAGAAGGAGAAGCUGAUGCACAGAUCGUCCUCAUGAAGGCAACAAAGCGCCUGCGCUCUGAGUUUAGUUUCUCCAGCGUCACAAUCCAAGUGGAGCGUUAACAGGACGACUGCUGACGGCACCGGGACUGUAACACGACUGUGGAGACUGAUGCCUCAAGUGCUGGUUCAUGACCUGAGAAAUGUACUAAUCUUUGACUGAUUUAUUUUUGCAACAUGAGUAUAUUUAUUUCAAAUGACAGUCCUGAUCAGAUACAUCAUACAGACACAUAAUUAUUAGGUUGUACACAACAAAUUCAUUCAAACAAUAUGUAGAAAUUACCUUGAAAAGCAAUGUUCGUGUUAGUCUCGAUGGAGCUGUGGUCAAAAUGAGCGACGGAAUAUGAAGCGUGCAGAUAUGAAAAUGUUCUUAAUAGGCAACAUUAUUCAGAUUUUUUCAUGUAUUAUAUGAACUCGUAUCACUUAACCUGAUGAGUAAAAACACAAAACUACUGGACAUUAUCUGGCCCAGGUUGCACUUCAGGUAAGAAUGUGUGAG